CGCGCGGGUUUAGGCGGUCAUGCGCGUUUUCUCCGCCUCCCGCCGACGGAGCAGUCUUGUCAACACCAGGCGCAUCGUCGUCCUUCGAGCUAUGGCCCUCGCCUCGACUUCGUCUGCGCGCCUCCCGCCGCUGCAGCCGCCGCAUCUGAGUGAGGCGCAGCAGGAGCUCUUCGACGACAUCGUGUCGACACGCGCGGGUGUGGUGGGCAAGGAGGCGCUCUUCGACGAGCAGGGCGGGCUGCGUGGGCCGUGGAAUGCUGAGGUGGCCUCUCCGCAUCUCGGGAAGCACCUCGAGCGCCUGGCCAGCGCCGUGCGCCACCAGAACUCGCUCGAGCCGCGGCUGUACGAGGUGGCGAUCCUCGUGGUGGGCGUGCACUGGAGGGCGCAGUUCGAGUGGUACGCGCACGAGCGGCUCGCUCGCAAGGCCGGCAUCGCCGAGGCCGCCUUCCCGCUCAUCAAGGCGGGCGCGCCGGCUGAGCGGCUCCGCGGUGUGCUCAAGCCCGACGAGGCGGCGGUGUACUCGCUGGCGCUGGAGCUCAUGCGCACCAAGCGAGUCUCGGCACCCACAUACGCGGCGACCAAGGUAGCGCUCGGAGGCGACGACCGGCGGAUGGCCGACUUGUGCAUGACGAUGGGGUGCUACUCCGCCGUCUCUGCGAUACUCAACAUGUUCGACGUCCCGCUGCCCGCCGGAGAAGCGCUGCCGUUCCUUGACCAGCCGGCGGACGCGGCGAGCAAGCAGCAACACCGAGCGGGCGGUCGUGACACGUGAGUUUUGUCUCACGACGCUGUGUUUGUAGCCUUGUGAGGGGUGUGUGUCAUGCUGCCGAAGAAAAUAGACCGCUCUUCAACUA